AUGAGAGUGAAAUACUUGUUUUGUUGUACCGGAGAAGUGGACACUUACAAACAAGAAGUAAUGGAGUUGCUCAAGAUGGCGUGGCCAAUGGCACUGACGCAGUUCCUGAUGUUUCUGCCAUUGUUUGUUAGUCAGAGUUUUUGUGGACAUUUAGGAAAGGAAUCAAUGGACGGUGCUGCCUUAGCAUCUACAAUUAUCAAUGUUACAGGGGUUUUUGUGAUAAUAGGCUUGUCUACGGCGGCCGAUGCUCUAUUUUCACAGACCUAUGGAAGCGGAAACACGGAAGAAGUUGGUGUUAUUUUACAGAAAGGUAUAUGGAUUCUGAUGCUGUCUUGCUUGCCUUGCUGGGCUUUGUUCUUGAACACUGGUCUGAUUCUUCAAUCAUUUGGAAUGGAUAACGAUGUAUCCAGUAUUGGAGGACAGUUUGCAACGUUAUCUAUUCCUAACUUACCGGGCCAUGGCUUGGACAUAUUACUGCGUAAAUUUUUGCAAGCACAGUCUAUUGUUAUACCUAGUCUGUUGGUUGGAAUUAUUAUAAACAUGGUUAAUGCAGGAUUGCACGCGUUGUUUAUCGAUGUGAUAGGAUUAGAGACCAGAGGAGCGGCUCUCGCAUUGACCUUAACGUACUGGUGCUCGGUUUUAUUUCACGUGCUGUUUAUCAUAUGCAGGGGAUACUACAAGACCACCUGGAAAGGUUGGAGUAGAGAAAGUUUAUAUGGUUGGGGAACCUUUAUGAAGCUGGCUAUUCCAGGAUUAUUCAUGAUGUGCUUGGAGUUCUGGAGUUUUGAAAUCAUUACUCUAAUGGGUGGUUUUUUGGGUAAAGCCGAUUUAGCAGCAAAUACAAUAAUUUAUAAUGUCGCGCUACUGAUGUACGUGAUUGUAUUCGGGAUGUCUGGUGCAGGGGGUAUUCGUGUUGGACUCUACCUAGGGACAGGGGAUACUAAAAUGGCGCAAGUAGCAUCAAGGGUAGCCUUAGGUUGUGGAUUGUGUUUUGCUGUCUUAAUUGCUGUUUUGCUUGCCUCUCUUAACAACUAUAUUCCUCAUAUCUUUUCGAAUGAUAAGGAUGUUUUAGCCCUGGCUUCACCUAUGAUGCUCCAGCUUGCAAUAUUUAAAGUUACAGAUACGAUACAGGCAACUGGUGGUGGACUGCUGCGCGGAAUAGGUCUCCAUGCUUUUGGAGCUAUUUUCAAUUUUGUUGGUUACUACAUCAUAGCAUUGCCCAUAUCAAUACCAUUGAUGUUUGCAACAUAUCUCCGAAUUGCAGGUGCCUACUGGGGAAUGAUCAUUGGAUCCUUUUUAAACUGUGUGAUUUACUGUGUCAGAAUUUUCACACUCGACUGGGAGGAGGAGACAAGAAAGGCCUUGAAAAGAGCUGGAGUUGAGGAAGCAGACAGAAACACCGAUAAAAUAAUCAAAUCAUCAGAUGAAAAACAACCAAUACGAAUGGCAGAUAUAAAUUUAAACGAUGGUAGUAAGUGUUACAAUUCCGUGGAUGGCUCUAUCCAGACUAGUGCACAAGCAAAUAAAAUGGACAAUUUACCAUCAUAUCACCAAAGAAUUUUAUGUAAAAUAAUCACUUUAAUAUCAUUUCUGUUGAUACUAGUUGGUGGUGUUUGUAUAAGAAUUUUUGUUCGUGUUUGA